AUGGUUCCAGUCCUGAACAUCGAGAGCUGCAGCAGGACCGCGGCGCCACAGUCUUUCGAAUUGACCUCCUUUACAUUAUAUGCGUGCGGUGGGAACCGACAGAGGCGAACAUCCAACGAGGUCUAUGCAAAUUUUACCAGGUCUGAUCGCACACUGUACUUCGAAAUCCGCGGCGAAGAUAUGGUCCCAGUAAAAAUCCACAAGAUUCUAUUCUUCCGAACACAGCAACUAUCGCAGACUCGGGCGAGUCCUGACGAUCCUAAGACGAAGGAAUAA